GCGAACGCUUAAGGACACCGCGCCAGUUCUUCCCUUCCUUUCUUCCGAGAUGGAAAGAGGAGCUCCUAGCUCACUUAAGCCGGGGUAGGGCUGGUUCUCCUUUCCGAGCCAAAAUCCCAGGCGAUGGUGAAUUAUGAACGUGCCACACCAUGAAGCUCUUGUGGCAGGUAACUGUGCACCACACCUGGAAUGCCGUCCUGCUCCCCGUCGUCUACCUCACGGCGCAAGUGUGGAUUCUGUGUGCAGCCAUCGCUGCUGCCGCCUCCGCCGGGCCCCAGAACUGCCCGUCUGUCUGCUCGUGCAGUAACCAGUUCAGCAAGGUGGUGUGCACCCGCCGGGGCCUCUCCGAGGUCCCUCAGGGUAUUCCUUCCAACACCCGGUACCUCAACCUCAUGGAAAACAACAUCCAGAUGAUCCAGGCCGACACCUUCCGCCACCUCCACCACCUGGAGGUCCUGCAGCUGGGCAGGAACUCCAUCCGGCAGAUCGAGGUGGGGGCCUUCAACGGCCUGGCCAGCCUCAACACCCUGGAGCUGUUUGACAACUGGCUGACAGUCAUCCCGAGCGGGGCCUUUGAAUACCUGUCCAAGCUGCGGGAGCUCUGGCUGCGCAACAACCCCAUAGAAAGCAUCCCCUCUUAUGCCUUCAACCGGGUGCCCUCCCUCAUGCGCCUGGACUUGGGGGAGCUCAAGAAGCUAGAGUACAUCUCUGAGGGGGCUUUUGAGGGACUGUUCAACCUCAAGUACCUGAACUUGGGCAUGUGCAACAUUAAAGAUAUGCCCAACCUCACCCCCCUGGUGGGGCUGGAGGAGCUGGAGAUGUCAGGAAACCACUUCCCUGAGAUCAGGCCUGGCUCCUUCCAUGGCCUGAGCUCCCUCAAGAAGCUAUGGGUCAUGAACUCACAGGUCAGCCUGAUUGAGCGGAACGCUUUUGAUGGGCUGGCCUCCCUGGUGGAACUCAACUUGGCCCACAAUAACCUCUCUUCUUUGCCCCAUGACCUCUUCACCCCACUGAGGUACCUGGUGGAGUUGCACCUACACCACAAUCCUUGGAACUGUGAUUGUGACAUUCUGUGGCUAGCCUGGUGGCUUCGAGAGUACAUACCCACCAAUUCCACCUGCUGUGGCCGCUGUCAUGCUCCCUUGCACAUGCGAGGCCGCUACCUGGUGGAGGUGGACCAGGCCUCCUUCCAGUGCUCUGCCCCCUUCAUCAUGGAUGCACCUCGGGACCUCAAUAUCUCUGAGGGUCGGAUGGCAGAACUUAAGUGUCGGACUCCCCCCAUGUCCUCCGUGAAGUGGCUGCUGCCCAAUGGGACAGUGCUCAGCCACGCCUCCCGCCACCCACGGAUCUCUGUCCUCAACGACGGCACCUUGAACUUCUCCCAUGUGCUGCUCUCAGACACUGGGGUAUACACAUGCAUGGUGACCAACGUGGCGGGCAACUCCAAUGCCUCGGCCUACCUCAACGUGAGCACGGCCGAGCUCAACACCUCCAACUACAGCUUCUUCACCACUGUCACAGUGGAGACCACUGAGAUCUCGCCUGAGGAUACAACACGGAAGUACAAGCCCGUUCCUACUACGUCCACUGGUUACCAGCCGGCAUAUACCACCUCUACCACGGUGCUCAUUCAGACCACCCGUGUGCCCAAGCAGGUGGCAGUAACCGCGACGGACACCAAUGAUAAGAUGCAGACCAGCCUGGAUGAAGUCAUGAAGACCACCAAGAUCAUCAUUGGCUGCUUUGUGGCAGUGACUCUGCUAGCUGCUGCCAUGUUGAUUGUCUUCUAUAAACUUCGCAAGCGGCACCAGCAGAGGAGUACAGUCACAGCUGCCCGGACUGUUGAGAUUAUCCAGGUGGAUGAAGACAUCCCAGCAGCGGCAUCUGCAGCAGCAACAGCAGCUCCAUCCGGUGUAUCAGGUGAGGGGGCAGUCGUGCUGCCCACAAUUCAUGACCAUAUUAACUACAACACCUACAAACCAGCACAUGGGGCCCACUGGACAGAAAACAGUCUGGGGAACUCUCUGCACCCCACAGUCACCACUAUCUCUGAACCUUAUAUCAUUCAGACCCAUACCAAGGACAAGGUACAGGAAACUCAAAUAUGACUCCCCCCGCCCCAAACUUAUAAAAUGCAAUAGAAUGCACACACACACAAGACAGCAACUUUUGUACAGAGUGGGGA